CUCAAAGCCUUUCCACACACUUGCUUGCUUUUAAGACCAUCCCUCUAGAAAAGUUGGUGUUUUUCCUUUCUCUCAAGACUCUCCAUAGCUUUGCUUUUCCUUUUUUCGCUUUCUCUCUUAAUCCAUGGACACAGCUCAGUGGGCACAGGGGAAUAUUGGAUUGGUUAAACCUAUGGAAUUAGGUUCAAAUCCAAAGCCUCCUAUGUUGGAGAAAAAGGCAAGGCCUCAGAAAGAUCAAGCCUUGAACUGUCCACGGUGCAAUUCAACCAACACCAAAUUCUGCUACUACAACAACUAUAGCCUCUCUCAGCCCAGAUACUUCUGUAAGACUUGCAGAAGGUAUUGGACUGAAGGUGGCUCUCUCAGGAAUGUUCCUGUGGGUGGAGGUUCCAGAAAAAACAAGAGACCUUCUUCUUCUUCAUCUUCUUCAGCAGCACCAAAGAAGCUUCCAGAACCUUCUCCUCCGAACCCCACCAGCAACAAGAUCCAUCAAGCCCAGGAUCUUAACCUGGCAUACCCAACACCCCCAUCACUCCCUCCACAACCUGAGAUUUCCGGCAGCUCAAAUUCUUCGAGGGGUUUGAUGAAUUCCUUGAUGCCCAUGUCGGUUUCAUCAGAUGGAGGCAUGAUGUAUAACAGUAAUAGUAAUUCAGCCCAUCAUGGGUUUCCUUUGGAGUUCAAGCCUCAUCAUCAAGGGCUUAAUUUUAGCUUUGAGGGGUUUGAGAAUAAUGGGUUUGGAAGUGGUCUUCAUCAGGGAAUGCAAUUGGGUAAUUCUGCUGGUGGCGCAAGGAUCUUGUUUCCUAUUGAAGAUUUGAAGCACGUGCCAAGCACCACCCCUAGUCAUGAGUUUGAUCAGCAAAAUACUAGAGGAAGCCAUGGAGAUCCGAGUGGGUUUUGGAAUGGCAUGUUAGGUGGAGGAGCAUGGUAGAGAAACAGGAAUUCUUUUGUAUCCUACAGUGUAUAUGUACAUGGAAUGAUCAUGGUUUUCACGAUCUGAUGCAUUGACCUCAUCAUUUCACAUGCAUAACACUGUAUAGUACUUCAGAAUUUCUUUUACCGGGUAUAUUAGAAAAGGAUAAGAGGAGGAGGAAAGGUGUAAAAAGGAAAAAAAAGAAAAGAAAAAAAAAGGGUGAACAAGGAAGGUGGGUGCUUUUGGACUUUGCUUACUUUUUUCUUCUCCUUCAUCAUUUGGUGAGUGACUGUUUUGGAGUGAUCAUCAGAGAAAACCACUAACAAAUAGGGUACAUGGCUUUUUUCUGCUUUGGUUCUUCUUCUUCAUCAAUGAUCCAUUCCAUUUUAAUUUGUUCUUUCUCUUGAAGGCUUUGGUGAUGAUCUCUAGCUAGGUUUGAUAAGAAUUUGAUCCCUGAAGAAUUAAUGUGGAUGCACAUGGAAGCUUCCUUAUAAUUCCCUUUUAGAUUAACCCAUAUAUAAUAUCUUGUUUGAUUCUUGGCUUA